GGCCGAAAGUACGAGGGUCCCGACCCAAGGGCUAAACCCACUGCCGGACCAAAAUGGCGGCUCUCCUAAACCCUACGUCCCGGCGACUCGCCGCCGCUGCCUACCGCCGGAUUUCGGCGCCGGCGGCAGCGGAGCCUCUCGUGUCUCACCGGAUCUCCCAAGAAAGAUACAGUUCCAGUCCAGUGGAUGUGAGUGGCGGGUUCAGCGAGAUGCUUGACGGUACGCAGAGGUACUAUGUGCUUGGAGGCAAAGGUGGUGUUGGGAGAACUAGCAUGGCCGCGUCACUUGCUGUGAAGUUUGCCAAGCAUGGCGAACCGACACUCAUCGUGUCUACAGACCUAACACGAUCACUGUGUGCUUCAUUUGAACAAGACUGGGACGUGAGUGAUGGCAAAUCUGUACGUAUUGAUGGAUUUGACUCUCUUUAUGCAACUGAGAUUGGCUGUGUGAAGAUAGAGGGGGAAACAAGUUUUGGAUCUUUCAUCAACAAUGUACUUGGAAGGAUGUGGCUUGCAUCUGCUAAUCCGUUUACGCUCAAUGAGAUGCUGAAUAGAAUCCCCCCUGGACUUGAAGAAGCAUAUGCACUAUCAGAGCUGAUAAAAUCAAUUGAACUGCAAGGUACCGAUAAAUUUAGGCGUAUAGUGCUGGAUGCUCCGUCCACUGGACAUACACUUAAGCUUCUGUCAGCUAAUAAUUGGAUUGAAAAGUUGCAAGAUAUGCUCAUUAAGGGUGUAAAUGCCGCUUCAUUCGUGCCAGCCUUAAAGUUGUCUCCUGAGAACGGGCAAUUAAUUUCUUCCAGGCUAGAGGAACUAAGGCAGCAGACUGCCAGAGUGCGUGAGCUUUUGUUUGAUCCACGAGCAACAGAAUUCAUCAUUGUCACAAUUCCAACGAUGAUGGCAGUUGACGAGUCAUCAAGAUUCCACGCGUCCUUAAAGAAGGUUAGGGCGCACACAAGAAGGCUCGUCGUAAAUCAAGUGCUACAACCAUCUGCAUCCGACUGCAGAUUCUGCGCUGCAAAACGGAGGGAACAAGCACGCGCCUUCAGUGCUAUAAGGGAGGACCGUGAACUUGGCGGCCUGAAGCUGAUCCAGGCACCGCUCCUUGAUGUGGAGGUGAAAGGCGUCCCUGCACUCCGGUUCCUGAGCGAUUCAGUGUGGAAAUAGAGAAGCUUUUUUUUGGUCGGCAUUUUUCCUUUCGAAUUUCAUCCUAUUGGUAUCUACUGUCGCCGAGUAGUCACUGCAAGAGGGUGGUUAAUCCUGGGCGUCAGAGAAGAUAAGCGCACGAGGAUCUCAUUCUGUUCAGGUCGUAGAGCUGCAGACGCUUGCUCACCAGCGGAGAACCCUGGCUUAACACGUUUGUUUUACCAGUGUGUGUUGUCUGAAAUGUGAAGGGAUAAGCUGGAACGGCUCAGCGGUGCGUCUUUUUUCUGCCAGUUC